AUGCCAGCAGCAAAAGCAGAAGAGAGAGGCGAGUCUUCGACCUCGGCCGCUAAGAAGGCUUUGACUGGUGCUUCCAACGGGAAUACUACCUACGAGCUGCCAUGGGUAGAAAAAUAUAGACCUGUUUUCCUUGACGAUGUAGUGGGAAAUACAGAGACGAUCGAACGGCUUAAGAUUAUUGCGAAAGAUGGAAAUAUGCCCCAUGUUAUCAUAUCUGGAACGCCCGGUAUUGGAAAGACGACGAGCGUAUUAUGUCUGGCCCGCCAACUGCUCGGAGACUCCUACAAGGAGGCAGUGUUAGAACUUAAUGCGAGUGAUGAGCGAGGUAUCGACGUGGUUCGAAACCGAAUCAAAGGCUUUGCCCAGAAGAAAGUCACGCUACCAGCAGGCCGACACAAGAUCGUAAUCCUCGACGAAGCUGACAGCAUGACCUCGGGUGCCCAACAAGCGCUACGGCGUACGAUGGAGAUCUAUUCCAAUACGACGCGAUUCGCAUUUGCGUGUAACAUGUCGAACAAGAUUAUCGAACCGCUACAGUCUCGAUGUGCGAUCUUACGAUACGGGCGAUUAACGGACGCACAGGUAGUUAAGCGGUUGCUGCAAGUUAUCGAAGCGGAGAAAGUACAGUAUAGCGACGAUGGGCUAGCAGCGCUCGUGUUCAGCGCUGAGGGUGAUAUGCGACAGGCCAUCAACAAUUUACAGAGCACACACGCUGGUUUCGGCUUCGUCAGCGGUGACAACGUAUUCAAGGUCGUUGAUAGCCCCCAUCCUAUAAAAGUCCAGGCCAUGCUUAAGGCUUGCUAUGAGGGCAACGUGGAUAGCGCCCUGGACACUCUCCGAGAGCUGUGGGACCUGGGAUACUCCAGCCAUGAUAUCAUAUCUACCAUGUUCAAGGUUACCAAGACCAUACCCACCCUCAGCGAACACUCCAAGCUGGAGUUUAUCCGUGAGAUCGGCUUUACUCACAUGAAGAUCCUCGAGGGCGUCCAGACCUUACUACAGCUGAGUGGGUGUGUCGCUCGGCUAUGCAAGAUUAAUAUGGACCCGAAGCGUUUUGAGACUAAAGCAAAAUAA